CGCGAGGACACCCUCCGUCACCAUGGCGGUCGGCAAGAACAAGCGCAUUUCCAAGGGCAAGAAGGGUGGCAAGAAGAAGGCCGUCGACCCCUUCCUCAAGAAGGAGUGGUAUGACAUCAAGGCCCCUUCCAUGUUCACCGUCAAGCAGGUUGGCAAGACUCUUGUGACCCGUUCCGCGGGUACCAAGAUUGCCUCCGACGGUCUCAAGGGCCGCAUCUUCGAGUGCUCCCUCGCUGACCUCCAGCAGGACGAGGACCAGGCCUUCCGCAAGAUGCUCCUCAAGUGCGAGGACGUCCAGGGCACCAACGUGCUCACCCAGUUCGCCGGUAUGGACUUCACCACCGACAAGCUUCGCUCCCUUGUGCGCAAGUGGUUCUCCCUCAUCGAGACCUUCGUUGACGUGAAGACCACCGACCAGUACACUCUCCGCGUGUUCUGCAUCGGUUUCACCAAGCGCCGCAUGGACCAGACCAAGCGUACUUGCUACGCCCAGUCCGGCCAGAUCCGCCAGAUUCGCAAGAAGAUGAACGAGAUCAUCAACCGCGAGAUCUCCUCCUGCGACCUCAAGGAGUCUGUUCUCAAGUUCAUCCCGGAAGUGAUCGGCAAGGAGAUCGAGAAGGUGUGCGCUGGCAUCUACCCCCUUCAGAACGUGUACAUCCGCAAGGUGAAGAUUCUUAAGCGCCCCAAGUUCGACGUGACCAAGCUCAUGGAGGUGCACGGCGACUACGCUGGCGAGGAUGCCGGCGCCAAGGUUGACAGGCCCAAGGAUCUCAUUGAGAAGGUUGAGAAGAGGGACGAGGUCGUCGGCGCUUAAGCUUGCUCUCGUGGGGGUUAUAUCAUAAUGGUUUAAUGGAAUUUACAUCCAUGUUUCAAAAUAAUAAGUCGGGCCUGCUAUAUCUCGCUUCGGUCCCUCUCGCAUAAUACAGUUAUAGACAUUGUCGUCCUCUCGCGCCUCGAUCGUCGUCUCGGUCUGUCGACCUCUCGCGUAUCGUCCUCUCAAGCCGUGCUCAUCGGCUUGGUCGCGCACAGCUGGCACGUCACGUAUUCGUACGACCGCGCCGGGAGGAAGAAGCUGUUGCGCUCCCACUCCCCGCUGGGCGUCGUCUCCACCGCCUCGAACUCCGCGCCCCCCGAGCACUGGUCGCAGAAAGCCUUCUGGCACGAAACGCACCUGAGCAGCACAGCCGCGGCGGGCGGCGGGUUGCGCCUGGAGCCGUCGGUUCGAACCGGGUGAUCCGCGCCGACGGCGCCGCACCCGUGGCACAGGUGCUGUGGGCACACCCACCCGCCCCGCGGGGUCUGCGUCAGCGCCGCGCACCCGAAGGACAUGACCCUGGGGCACAGGCGGCACUCCAACCGUUUCGCCGCGACGUCGGGUCCCACAAACGCGGGCGGGAUGUGCACGCACCGCUCGGGCUCGCCGCGGCAGUUGAGGCAGCGCCUCUCGUGCCACUGGUACUUGGUCAGGUCGUGCUCCUUCGCAGCGAGCGCAGCCUCGGCGGACGCGGCGUGCGCGCGGGACUUGCGCCUCGCCGUCGCCGUCGCCCACGCGCGCUCAUCCUCCUCGAGGUCGUUCUCAGCCUCCACCGGGUCCACCUCGCCCGCGCCGAACCAGCCAGUCGUGGGCGCGAUGAAGAGGCCGUCGAGGGGCACGGGGAGUCCCUCUUUCAGGGUCACCACGCGCGCGCCGGACGUGCCCCUGCGCGCCACCGCCCAAUCCGCCGAGUCGAGGCUCUUGUUCGUCGAGGCUUUGGCUCUCGCCGCGUCAAACGACUCCUUCGCUUCGGCCACCGAGGCAAACGCGCGCGUCUCCCCGGUGCCGUCCGCCGCCAGCCGCACCACGGAGAGCUCCCGGGUCGGGCGCGGGUGGGUGAGCGCGUCGAACGACUCGGGCGAAACCGCCGCGCCCACGCCCGUGAGCCUGUGCACGACGCGCUCAACCCCGGCGUCGUCCGCGCCGUCGAGCACGAUGAGCGAAUCAACCUUGCCAACAACCUCCUUGGUCAGGUCGGGCGCCGCCGC